ACUGCACUGCCUAGCUCCACCAGGCCACCCAGAAAUGGCGUCCUCGGUCUCGGGGACGAUCGUCCCAAGAUUCACGGCCGACACUCUCCGCUCCGCCGCCAAACUCUCCCAAGGCUGCCACGUGGUCCCCGUCCGCCUCCGCCGGGCCAUCAAAAAAUACCUCCGUGAAAAAGAGGACCCACAUAUGAAAAGGAAAGUGUUGAGCUUGUCUGAAUCCUUUCACGAAGUCAAGGAAGUGAAUCUGCUGCUGCCGACGUCGACUUCAAAGGAGCUAGUGGAAGAUCCCCUGAAGAGCAUGCAAAGCUCAAAAAGAUGGAAGAUUAAGAGUGCUUAUGGGGACAUUGGCCUCAAGUAUAGAGAUGAUGAGACUAUUGCCUACGUGGCAUCUCGGAUGCCGGCCGUCUAUGCCGCUUGCUACAGAGUCCUCAGCGAGGUGAAGAGGAGAUUGCCGGAUUUUUCUCCUGCUAAGGUGUUGGAUUUUGGGGCUGGGACUGGUUCUGCAAUGUGGGCUUUGAGAGAGGUUUGGCCGAAGUCGAUGGAAAAGAUCAAUUUGAUAGAGCCAUCACAGUCUAUGCAGCGGGCGGGGCAGAGGCUUAUAAAAGAUCUAAAAGAUUUGCCGUUUAUUCAAAGUUAUGGCAGCAUUCAAGCACUGACUCAGAGUAUCAGUAAGUCUGAUACACAGCAUGAUCUUGUAAUUGCUUCAUAUGUGCUUGGGGAGAUACCAUCUCUAAAGGACAGAAUUACUGUUGUACGUCAACUCUGGGAUCUUACUGGGGAUGUCCUGAUUCUUAUUGAACCUGGAACACCAGAGGGAUCUAAUAUCAUAUCCCAAAUGCGAUCUCAUAUUUUAUGGAUGGAAAGCAGGAAGAUCCGCAAGUUGGAAUCUGCAUCUCAUAAAUCAUCUAAGAGCUUGAUAACGAUGAAAAGUGGUGCAUUCAUUGUUGCUCCUUGUCCACAUGAUGGGCGUUGCCCACUAUAUAAUACAGGAAAAUAUUGUCAUUUUGUGCAACGGUUGGAGAGAACAACAUCACAGCGAGCUUACAAGAGAUCCAGGGGCAAGCCUUUGCGUGGUUAUGAAGAUGAGAAAUUCAGUUAUGUUGCUUUCAGAAGAGGACGACGACCAAGCAGAGAACCCUGGCCGCUGGAUGGUAUGAAAUUUGACACGUUGAAGGAGCAACAUGCUAAAAGAAGUCCUGAGGAUUUAGAGAUUGAUUAUGAGGACCAAAUUGAGUCGGAAGUUGACGAUGAUGAGCAGGAACAAGAUCUCGUUUCCUACAAUUCUGACAUUACAGAAACUGAUGCCAUUACUGAUGAUGAUGAUGAUGAUAGUGGGGAAGAAGCAGAAGAAAGAGGCCGUGCUGAUGUUGGUGGCGGCUGGGGAAGAAUCAUUUAUUCUCCAAUCAGGAGAGGGAAGCGGGUUGAGAUGGAUGUCUGCCGGGCAAUCAAUCGGGAUGGUACUGAAGGCUCAUUCGAUCGCAUUGUUGUUACACAGCGUAAAAACCCAACGCUGCACCGUCAGGCACGAAGAUCCCUCUGGGGAGAUUUGUGGCCAUUUUGAAAUGGUAUCAAGUUUUUGGGAAUAUAUAUAAAUUAUUAUUAUUAUUAUUUUCUCUCGUAGUUGUAGAUGUAAAGUAAUUCGUGUUGUAUGAUGGUGAUCAGGCGUUGAGCUAAAAUAAAAUGUACCGUGUAUCAAAGUUUCAUAUGCCUGAUCUCCCUGAUCCCGCGCGAGUUUAAAAAAGAGCUAUUGUACAGAAAACUUAUACUCGGA